AUGGCUCAAAAAUCUGUUAAAGGAAGUGUUGUCGCGGACUUCCUAGCGGAUCAACCUAUCAUAGUCGAGCCUUCUUUCGAACUCGACUUUCCUGAUGACUCCAUAAUGUCUAUCUCUUCAGACACAUGGAAGUUAAUGUUUGAACAUGGCUACGGAAUUGGAAUUCUCUUAAUAGAUCCUCAAGGAACUUACAAUCUCAUCUCUAUUAAGUUAGAAUAUUCCGUAACCAACAAUGAGGUUGAGUACGAAGCAUGUCUCUCAGGUCUCAAAAUCGCAUACGAAAGAGGAGCAACUAAAUUAGACGUAGUUGGCAACUCUAAUCUAGUUAUAUCCCAGGUUAACGGAACAUGGCAAGUAAGAGGAGAAAAUCUCAAACCUUAUCACACUUGCCUACUCCGUUUUAUCGACAAGUUCGAUCAUGUGUCUUAUGUACACUCCCCAAGAAGCCAAAAUCGUUUUGCCGAUGCUUUGGUCACGCUAGCAGUUAUGACCCAAAUUCCUGUUGGAAUUAGGGUCAAACCUCUGAAGAUCCGUCAGAAACGAAAAUAA